AUGGCGACUGAAGCAGCAACCCAAAGCCUGCCGUUGCAGCAGCGAGCACAAAAUACAGACAAGCGUGAUUCCUUGAUAGAAUUCGAGAAGAAGUAUCAGAAGGAAUGGGCCGACGCCAACCUUUUCGUGAACGAUGCGCCUACCGAUUCCGAGGGCGAGAAGCACAAGUACUUCGCGACCACCGCAUACCCCUACAUGAACGGCACUCUUCACGCAGGACAUGCAUUCACCUUUUCGAAAAUUGAAUUUGGAACUGGUUUUGCCAGAAUGGAGGGGAAGAGAACCCUGUUCCCGCAAGGAUUCCACUGCAGUGGUAUGCCUAUCAAAGCAGCUGCCGAUAAGUUGGCAAGAGAGAUUGAGCUAUUUGGAGAGAGAUUUGAGAGAUACGAGGAGGAGGAAGUGGUUGCUCCCGACACCAAGAGUGCCCAGGCAAAGACCGACCUGAGCAAAUUUAGCGGCUCCAAAAGCAAAGCCGUUGCGAAAUCCGGCACGGUCAAGUACCAAUUUCAGAUCAUGGCAUCUCUUGGCAUUCCAGUUGAAGAGGUCUCAAAAUUCGCUGAUCCCGCCUACUGGCUUACUUACUUCCCCGGUCUCUGCCGAGAAGACCUCACAGCCUUUGGAUGCCGCGUUGACUGGCGCAGGUCUAUGGUAACAACAGAUGCGAAUCCAUAUUACGACGCCUUCGUCCGCUGGCAGAUGAAUCGCUUGAAAGAACUCGAGAAGGUUAAGUUCGGAAAGAGAUACACGAUCUACAGCCCCAAGGAUGGUCAACCGUGCCUUGAUCAUGAUCGCAGUGCUGGAGAGGGAAUCGGCGUACAAGAGUAUACUUGCGUCAAGCUUCAAACUCUCGAAUGGUCUGAUCGCGCCAAGGAGGUUCUCGGAGACAAGAUUCCUAAGGAUGCCAAGGUCUACUUUAUUCCCGCGACUCUGCGACCUGAGACUGUUUACGGCAUGACGUGUUGUUUUGUCGGACCCAAAGUCAACUAUGGGGUCUUCUUGCUGUCUCCCGAGAAGAAUGAAUAUGUCGUCGCCACGCCACGUGCGGCCCGAAAUAUGGCCUAUCAGGCUUUGAGUCCUGGUUGGGGAGUUGUCACGCAGAUCGCUGAACUGGUAGGCUCCGACCUCGUUGGUACCCUCGUUAAUGCACCUCUGUCAGCGUACAAGGACGGUAUCCGUAUUCUUCCAAUGGAGAGCCUGAAGGACAACAAAGGUACUGCUGUGGUUGCUUGCGUCCCAUCAGACAGCCCCGACGAUUAUGCGACGACUCUCGAACUCCAGAAGAAGCCCGACUACUUUGGUAUUAAGAAGGAAUGGGUCGACAAGGAAAUCGUGCCCCUCAUCGAAACCCCCAAGGGAAAUCUGAUUGCCAAGACUUUGUACGAGGAACUUGGGAUUAACUCGCCAAAAGACGCCAAACCAUUGGCCGAGGCCAAGGAAGUUGCAUACAAACUCGGCUUCUACCAGGGUACCAUGAUUUUCGGCGAUUACGCUGGAAAGUCUGUUCAGGACGCUAGAACUCUUGUUGGGAAGCAGCUUUCUGACGAGGAUCUUGCUUUCAAGUACGCCGAGCCUGAUGGCCUCGUUGUCAGUCGCUCUGCAGACGAAUGCAUUGCUGCGUACCUCGACCAGUGGUAUUUCAAUUACGGAACUGCUGAAAAUGGAGGUGAUGGAGAAUGGUGUCAGACUGUUCUUGACUAUCUUGAGGAGGAAUUCAACUGCUACUAUCCGGAAGCAAAGCAUGCAUUCGAGCAAGCACUUGGCUGGUUGGCCCACUGGGCAUGCAGUCGCUCAUUUGGCCUUGGUACUAAGGUACCAUGGGAUGCAUCCCAGCUUGUUGAGAGUUUGUCUGAUAGCACAGUCUACAUGGCUUACUAUACCAUCUGCCAUUAUCUGCACAGCGACAUCUUCGGCAAGAACCCCGGUAUCUCGAAGAAGCCGAUCACCCCUGAGCAAAUGACAGAUGAGGUUUGGGACUACAUCUUCUUCCGAUCUGAAAAGGUUGAGACGGAUAUUGCUCCGGAAGAUCUUGCAGCAAUGCGCAAGGAAUUCUCAUACUGGUAUCCCAUGGACAUCAGAAUUUCCGGAAAGGAUCUCAUUACCAACCAUCUUACGUUCAGCUUGUACCACCACAUCGCUUUGUUCCCUAAACGGUUUUGGCCACGAAGUUUCCGUGUGAACGGUCAUCUCAUGCUCAACGGAUCUAAAAUGAGUAAGAGCACUGGUAACUUCAUGACACUGCGCCAAGCGAUCAACAAGUAUGGAACAGAUGCGACUCGUCUGGCUCUGGCAGAGGCUGGAGAUGGUAUUGAGGAUGCUAACCUCGAAGAGACGGUCGCCAACUCCGCAAUUCUUCGCUUGUACGAACUCAGGAAGUGGUCAAAGGAUGCUCUCGAGGAGGACAAUCUCCGUACUGGAGAGCUCAGCUUCUUCGACAAGCUUUUUGAUAAUGAUCUUCGCGGUCUUGUCAUUGAAACUAAGAAGAGCUAUGAGGGCACUUUCUACAAGGCUGCCUUGAAGACAGAGAGAAAAGGCUUCUACGAUUUCCAAACUGCCCGUGAUUGGUACCGCGAGAACUGCCGAGCUGCUGGUCUUGGUAUGCAUGUUGACCUUGUUCGCCAAUUCGUUGAGCUGCAAGCUCUUCUGGUUACACCUAUCAUUCCUCACUGGUCUGAGUACAUUUGGCGCGAGGUUCUGAAGAAAGACUCGAGCAUCCAAAAUGCCCUUUACCCUACUGUUUCACCACCGGACCCCAUCCUCGUAGCCAUUCGCGAGUACAUCAAGCAAACAACCAACAAUACCUUGCAGGCAGAGUCCAAACAACUGAAGAAGAUGCAGAAGGGAAAGCAAGCUUCAUACGAUCCCACACGGAGCAAGAAGCUUACCAUCUACGUGGCCGAGAAAUAUCCUGAAUUCCAGCAGCGGUACAGAGAUGUUCUGCAAAAGCACCUCGAGGCCGAAGGCAACGCAGACAUCAAGGCCGUGAUUUCCAAGAUUGACAAGAAGGAUAUGAAGAAGGCCAUGCCGCUCCUGCAGCAUCUGAAGAAGCGACUGGACACCGGCGAACCCCCCGAGCGUGUGUUUGAACGGCAACUGCCCUUUAGCGAGACCGACGUGCUCCGAGAAAUGGUGCCUGGCCUUCGAGCCGGUGUCAGGAAGCUGGAAGUUGUGGAGAUUGUUCGUCUGCGAGAUGAUGGUAAGGCAGAUGUCGCAUUUGUUGGUGCAGAUGAACAAUUCCUUGGCGUUGCUUCCAAGGUUGGAGAUGUGGUAGACGGAUUGAGCUUGGAAGUGGCUCCAGGCACCCCGGCAGUUUUCUUCGGAAACAUAGAAGCCAGCUCAUCGUGA